AUGGAAGAAUUACGUGCUAACACUCAUAUUAAAGAUAGUGUUCUAAGGGAUAUAUUGGAAAAGUCUGCUUCUGAAUUUACACUAGAUGCUGGUGACACUCUUGUAGAUGAAACAGAGGAAGCUCGAAUUGACCAAGUUUAUAAGUUUGAUGAAUUUGCCCCAUUUAUUAAUUUAGAUUGUGUUGGUUGUGGCGAUACAGAAGAGGUAUCUACUAAAACGCCCUUUGAAAAUAUAAAACAAAAAAUGACGAAUGUUACAGAAGAUGGAAAAAUUUCAAAAUUGAUUUUAAGAUUUGGUGAUGAUAACUUAGUACCUCCUAAAUCUGUGAUUUAUUUUCAUUAUAAUUCUUAUUUAGAAAUGGAAGAAAUUCCUUUUGACUCUUCCUAUUUACGCAAUGAAAAGCCUCUUCGUAUGCAGUUAGGACUUGGAGAUUUGUAUUUGGGCUUUGAAAAGAGCUUAUUAACAAUGAGAGAAGGUGAAAAAUCACAGUUUCUCGUACAUCCAGACUAUGCCUUUGGUGAAUUGGGUGCUCCUCCCAGAAUCCCACCCAAUGCUACAAUACUUCUGGAAAUCGAACUUAUAAAAAUUGUUGACUGUAGUGGCAUAGAUAAAUCAGAUGAGCUAUCUGGAGAAAAUGAUUCAUUUUCUGAAAUCUUUUCAAAAGCUAAGGGUUAUCAAAUACUUGGAAAUGAUUUUUUUGGACAAGGAAAUAUUUCAGCAGCUAUUGACAAAUAUAAAAAAGCAGAAAAGGUGCUAUUAACAACUAAAACAAAUAAUUCUGAUGAAGAAAUUCAGUAUAUAGGACUCUUGCUGAAAUUGUAUAUAAAUUUAUGUGUUUGUUACAAUCAUCCAAAAAUUAAAGCUCCUGAAAAAGUAUGUAGUGUUGCUAAAACUGCAUUUUUUGGAUGUACAGAAGAAGCUGGAAAAUCAGCAAAACUAUUUUUCAAUUUAGGGAAAGCAUUUAUUGAAUUAAAUGAAUUUGAUAAAGCUAGUAAAAAUUUGAAAAAAGCACUCUCUUUGGAACCUCAAAAUAAGAACACUAAUGACUUAUUAGCUGUGGCUUGAAGAGAAAAAGAAAGCGUAUUAUCAACAUGAAAAAUUGGCAUACCAAAAGGUUUUUGGAUAUAAAAAUAUUAAACCUAAAGAAGAAGAAUUGAAGCCUGAAAGUGAAUUUGAAAAGUUAUUGAAAAGUCAAUUAAAGGAAUUUGCUACAAACAGUACAAAUAAAAUACAACUCCCUGGUGGGCUUACUUAUAAUGAGAGGUGUAUUUGUCGUAAAUUAUGUGAGGAAUUGCGUCUAAACUAUGAUGAAAGUUCAAUUGCUGGAAAACUUGCUGUCUCUAUUACUAAAUAA